UGGACCUCAUCCUUUUGUAUAUUAUCCUAUGGCUAACAUGUUGAAGCAUAGAAUAUUAUUCCAAUGCCAUUCACAAUGCUUACCUUAUCUUUUACCAUACUAUUUUCCCAGUCAUAAUUACAACUCAAUUCAAACUGUUGUUAGCCUUCCGCAAUCCUCCUCCUUUAUUAUCCGUCAUAAAUCGACCGUUAGACGAUCUCUUGUACUUUUUUGUGCAAGGAGACGUGCUACAUACGAUGACGAAGAUGAAGAUGAAGAUGAUAAUAAUUUGGAAUUAGCAAUGCUAGAGUUUUAUAGUCAAUCUGUGAGAAAUGAAGCUCUUCUUGUGAAAGCUCUUGUAGAUGAAGAAGAAGUUGAAGUUCUAAUUUUCAAGGGGUUUUCAUCGUGCUUGAGUUACAGGACUAGUCCAGAUCCAUCAAAAAGUGUGCUUCCAUCAAGGGCAGUGAUCAAAUGCAUAGACAGAAUAAAAGGACCUUUUGACCCCUCAAAUAUUGUUUAUUUGGAGAAAGGAUUGACUGUGGAGGCCUUCAAGGAUAGGAUUCUCCCAAGGGCAAAAUAGACUUCUAAUCAAAUUUCUCUAGAACAUCGUAUUUGUUCGGAAACAUUUUGAUUGUUAUAGCAAAAUUGUUGUUAUAAAGGACAUAUAAUAUAAUAUAAUAUAGUAUUGAAAUCGACUCUAAGGAAAUUUGAAUAAUGAAAUAUUAUUGAUUAUAAUAGAGAAAUCAGAUGUAUUUGUAAUAUUCUCGUGACAACUACAAAUUCAACUUGCAAUUGCAGCUUUUGUAUCA